AUGAUAUAUACACUCAAAGAAGAUGUCGAGGCCCCACCAAUUGCCAUGUUCCGCAACAACCUGACCGCUUUGUCUCAGUACCGGAACCUUCUAUUUGUUGCCUACAUCGACAAAGUCUACGUCUAUACGCCCAGCUUCCCCGAACAAACCAUUACCCCUAAGCCAGAGUUUGUCAUCGACCUUCCCAGAAGUCGGCCAGGUCUCAGAGGGUUUUUGGACCGAAGUAGACCACAUGCUGUUAACCACCUGAUCGUUGGUGAGAUAGGUGAUGAGGAAGUGGUCGUGGUCGCCUGCGACGACGGCGAUGUUAUCUCUUACAAUUUGCGCUCUAUAUCUCUUGCAAUCGACGAAGGGGCCGAAACUCUCAUUGGACCCGAUCCCUAUGAGAUUCAAAAACUCAAACGCUACAGAGAAAGCGGCUGGGCAAAUCUCAUUCUUCCUGUCGCUGAUCCCCACAGGACUCCAGGCUUUCGCGUUCUGGCCGCAUGGUUCCAUGAGAAUGUUGGUGCCAGUGCUUGGGGCCUUGCAACGCACAAAGGCACUAGGCUCCUGGCAGUGAGUUCGAAUACGAGGGAGAUUAUCGUCUUUGCGCCUUCUCUCAGCCCGGACAGGAGUCUGGCUUCUUGUUUGACGCGUCCACCUCCAAAAACGAUGGAAAGGUACACGGCUUGUGAGACAAGAAACUCAAUCGCCUCGAGAGAUCGGUCUCUAGGUAGAAAGGUCACUCUUCGAGGCCAUGUGGCAAACAUACCUAAUAUCGCAUUCUGUGAUAAUAGUCUAGACCCUGAGGGGAGCUACUUGGCGAGCACAGACAUCGACGGAUGUACAAUCGUAUGGGAUAUCUGGGGUGGUACCCGGAUCCUUGAGACUCUUGGAAGUGCUGGUCCUCGUAAGCCAAACAAAAUUCUCGCUAGUCGCACUUUUACUCAUUUCAGAGAAUCAGAUGCUCGAGGUUGGACUGUUGCUUGCUUGGAUCCUCGAACUUCGAGACUUAGCGAAGGUCCUGUCAAUACAUUCGGCUGUGCCUGCCGCGUGGAUGAAAGCAAUACCCUGAUAGACAAUUCAGAAGCGGGAGAAGUGGUUCGUAAUAACUCACAAUGGCAUCCUGGAUUCUCAGCUUUGGGCUCGGUGCCGGGAAUGCUACCUGUUGGAACGGUACCUCCUGCCAUCCAAACCGCAGUGCAAGGUGCAGCGGUCACAAUUGCAGACCAAGAUCUUGAGAGUGAAGAUGAAGCUGGAGAUGAAGCGGACGAGGAGAUGGACGAAACUGAUAACAUCGAUGACGCUUUCGACGAAGAUGCUCUUGAUGAGGGUGAAGAGGCCAUUGUUACGGCAUUCGGGGCAAUUUCUCCUAAUCUGUUGGUUCAUACACUAGAAGCUGCAGAAGUUGAGCAAUUACUCUCGGAUGGAAAUUCCAUGUUGGAAGAUGAAGACUCGGAUCUUCCGGACCUGGAAGAGAUACCUGCGGCAGACCAGACCAAUCAACAGACGACCGAAGCGGCCGGAGAAGACUUGAAGACUCCAUCUCCAAGGCUCAAGAAAGACAUAGAUCGGUUUCCGGACACCACACACACUAAGACCUGCCCGAGCUUCAUCGAUCUACCUUUCAACCUACUCCAAACCGAUGAAAGAGAUAUCCACCUUUUUCGAGACAUCCGUUUCGAUGCUGACAUGAAAAGACGCCCGCCAGACUCAUCCCACAGCCAAGUGCUCUGCCAACAAGCGUUGAAUCAAAAGAUGCCACCAGGCUUCAAUUACCUAACUCAAAUGGAACGUCUCAACAUGAUCGCGCAAAUCCCAGAAUUGGGUGUCGUUGUAAUUGGAAACCAAGUAGGCCGCGUGGGCAUCUUGACAAUGACAAGAUGGGAGGCUCAAAAGCAAUCAGGGUACAAGAUCGAGUGUAUCCUCCCUUUCAACUCUGAAGAAGGCAAGGGGUUGAGACCAAGGAAGCCGUUGAUGGGUAUGGCCGUUGGUCCCAUCCAGGGACAUGAAGAAGCUCUGCCGCAAGUCAGUCCGAGGAUAGGAGCGCAAUAUCCAAGAAGGUUUCGACUGCUGAUGAUGUAUUGCGAUCAUACAAUCUUGAGCUACGAGAUUUCUCGUCCGAACGAGGAAGGGGACGUAGUUGUGGUAUGA